UUUAUUAUUUUUUUUUUUUUGAAUGGCUAAACUUGCACACCAUAGGGAUUGAACCCAUGACCUCCUACUAUUCUACACCUUAUCAAACUCACCAACAAUUAUUAUUCUUAUUAUUUAUUUCAAUUUAUAUUUAUUAUUCUUAAUCUUAAUAUUUCUUUCAAUUUAUUCUCACCCCCACUUUUCAAUUCCACCAAUAUCACUUCUCCUCUCAAUUUCCACUUCCAAAUCUCAAUAAUAAUCACUACCUACGUCUGAUUGAAGUAAUUGAUAAGAUCAUAACAUUGUCGGUUUGAGCGGAUUCACGAUAAAAAAACAAUAGUAUGGCUUGUAAGGGGUUUUUGGAGUGUUUGUUGAAGCUCCUGAACUUCUUGUUGACACUCAUUGGUCUAGCUAUGAUCGGAUACGGGGUUUACAUGUUUGUUAUGUACAAAGACGCAAUGGAUCAUGACUUUGAACCGCCACAUGGAAAAUUGAUUCAGCUUGGCCGCCCUAUGUUAAUGGCUGUCUCGCUGUCUCACCUCAGCAUAUUUGAUAACUUGCCUACUGCUUGGUUCAUUUAUCUAUUUAUUGGCAUUGGUGCAGCUGUGUUUAUCAUAUCUUGUUUUGGUUGCAUUGGAGCAGCAACCCGAAGUGGAUGUUGCCUAACUUGUUAUUCUGUCCUUGUGUUCUUGUUAAUUGUGGUGGAAUUGGGAGUCGCUUCUUUCAUCUUCUUUGACAAAAGCUGGAGAGCGGAGAUCCCGCCAGACAAAACUGGAGAUUUCGAAAUGAUUUAUAGAUUUCUGGAGAAGAAUUGGGAAAUAUGCAGAUGGGUUGCUCUUGGGGCUGUUAUAUUUGAGGCUUUUGUAUUCUUGUUAGCUUGUAUGGUACGGGCUGCAAAUGCUCCACCAGAUUAUGAUAGUGAUGAUGAAUACAUAGCGGGACCAAGGCAGCAACGACAACCAUUGAUCAGCCGACAACAAGUUCCUGCUACAGGUAUUCCUGUUACUGGACCCCUUGAUAGCCGUCCAAGCAGAAAUGAUGCAUGGAGUGCACGAAUGAGGGAAAAGUAUGGGCUUGAUACGACUGAGUUCACAUACAACCCGAACGAGCCAAACAGGUAUCCGCAAGGCAACGUUCAACCAACCGAGGAGAAAAGUGGGUGCUCGAUCAUGUAACACCGGUUUGAGCAUUUAAACCAAUUUUUUGUUUGAUUAAUAUUUGGUCUGUGUGUAUGUUUUAUCAGCAUAACCAAUGUUCUUGUUGAGUGAGUCUCAGGAGCUUCACUCUCUUUUCAACUCUUGUAUUUAUCCUAACAUCAAUAUCUUCUUCAUAUUAGUAAAGGAGAUGAAGCAAGCAUUUUGUGCC